GGACUUGCUGAGGGCUGAACCAGCCUAGGAUCGCCAUGUCAAGCCUAUCUUCUGUGGUUCUUCCAUGUGCCCCGAGCAAGUUGCCCCUGGUUCUUCGAAGAAUCGGUCACCGGCGGACUGUUCCUCUGACACACGGUGCAAACGCCGCAACUUGGACCUGGCGUUGCUGCACAGCACUGGUUGUCAGUGCUGCAGUUAGGGGCCAAAGGCUGCUGAGGAGGGCCUUGGGGAACACUCCCUGGGAGAUCUUGGGUGUGGCUCCGGGAGCGAGUCCUGCAGAGAUUAAGAAAGCCUAUCGCAGAAAGGCCUUGAAGGAGCACCCUGACGUCAGCCAGCUGCCGGAUGCCAAGCAGCGAUGGCAGGAGUUAUCGGCCGCCUACGAUGUGCUGAACGAUCCGGAGAAACUGAAAGGUUGGGAGCGCGCCCAGCGAGGAGCCCGCAGCUCCAGCUCUGGAGCACGAAGGACGAGAAGUGCCUCAAGGAACUACGACGGACGCUGGAGAAGAACGCAGGAGCUGGAAGAGCAGUACGACGCUGGCGGGGAUAGCUUUGGUGCUAUCUUCAGUGACUUCUUCGACAGCUUGGCUGAAACAGCCGAUGGCUCGGAAUCUCGCGUACGACGUGCUACUCGUGCCGGAGGUAUGCUCUUGGAGGAUCUGCUGGAAUUUCUGGAGAGGGGCCUGGGCGAAGAUGCCACCGGCCGAAGCCGUGGCUCCCGCUCAAGUCCGUUCGCUGGCAGCAACCCCGCGGGGGAGCUUGAAGAAGCCAAGUUGGAGUUCAAGACCAUGCAAAGUCGUGAUGAGGUCCUUGCUGCUGAAGCCAAUGCUUGGGAGCGGAAGAGUGACCUUUGUCGCGACAGUGGUGACAAGACUGGAGAGUUGGAUGCCAUGCAACGGCUCUUUGACACCAGAGAGCGCCGGAAGACCAUCCGACGAAGACUGCUCAGCAUUCAAGAGCGGAUCGAAUAUUUGGAGAAGGUGCUCUUCGAAUUUCAACGAAAGCAAGCUGCCAAAACUGCUACAACUGGGUCUACCUCUGGCACAGCUGGUGCCAGGGAGAGCUCAUCCACGUCGAAGCGAGCACCAAGCUUUGAUGCGGACCAGGCUCUUGCAGAGCUGAAAAGGCAGAAAGGCAAACGCUGAAGAAUUGGAAGGGAUAAACUCCUCCCAAUCCAGACCUUUGGCAGAAACCACGAUAAUUGAUUCAAACGCUAAAAAA